UCUGAUGAUGAUGAUGAUGUUGAUGAUGAUAGCAGCUUCAAGUAUCAAUUUUGCAGAAGCAUUCAAGGAGGAAGGUGGCAUGGGAGGAGUCAUCCAUGUUGGAGGGAAAGUGCUUUGCCAGGACUGCUCCCAAGGCUGGAAUGAAUGGGUCCAUGGUGCCAAGCCUAUCAUGGGUUGCAAAGUAUCCAUCACAUGCAUGGAUGAGAGAAAAAGGGUGACAUACUAUGGAAGUGAUGAGACCGAUGAAGCCGGUGACUAUGAGAUGACCCUAAACAAGUACAUCAAUGGUGGCAAAGAAUUGGACCCAAACAAAUGCUCAGUGAGGCUGGCCUCAUCACCAGACCCUGUCUGCAACAUUGCCACGGACUUUGCCGGUGGGAGGUCAGGGGUGAAGCUGAGGAGGGCCACUGUGGUGUACAGGGUCAAACAUGUGCUCAGCCCAUUCUAUUACACUACUCCCAUGUGUGAUGAACCUGAUACUACUACUACUACUCACUCCUCUUCCUCCUCAUAUGCCAAACAAACCAAAUAUUAA